CAACAUUACAGACCACGAAGAAGAAGAAGAGGAAGAACACCGUGCAUGUAGCAUGGUAGCAUGUAGCAGCAGCAGCAGUAACAACAACAACAAGCUUUUCUUACUUCGCUGGAUUCCUCUGCUGGCUAUGAGACUAAAAGGAUAAUGCCAAGUUUACUGACGACUCUAUGACGAUGUGACAGCCAGCCGUGUGUCGGUGGUGGUGUUGUGGUGGUCCCUGCCGCAGGAGGAGGGUCUGAGAUCCGUCGCGGUCCGGGAUGGAGACCUGGACCCCCAAUCCCCGAGCCAAGCCCUUCAUCCCCCGCCAACAGAGGAGCCUGUACCUCACCUGGAAAUACAAACUGACCAACAAAAGGACGAUCCGCCGCUUCUGUCAGGCUGGCGCUGUGCUCUUUCUGCUGAUAACUGUCAUAGUCAACAUUAAACUCAUCUUGGACACAAGAAGAGUAGCUAAUGAAGAUGCAGCAGCUCAAGAAUACGAUGAUGUGAUGCCCAACAUGGAGACACCACGCAGGCCGGCGAAUGGGCGCAAGGUCCUGGACAUCGAGGUGUACUCCAGCCGCUCCAAAGUCUACGUGGCGGUGGACGGCACCACCGUGUUGGAGGAUGAUAUGCGGGAGCAGGGCAGAGGCAUCCAUGUGAUAGUUCUGAACCAGGCGACUGGUCAUGUGAUGGCCAAGAGGAUAUUUGACACCUACUCUCCCCACGAGGACGAAGCCAUGAUCCUCUUCCUCAACAUGGUGACCCGAGGACGAGUCCUCAUCUUCACCAUUAAGGAUGAAGGAACGUUCCACCUGAAGGACGCUGCUAAGAACCUGCUGAAGGGUCUGGGCAGCCAGGUGUCCAUCAACCUCAGCUGGAGGGACAUGUGGACUCUGGUGGUGAAGAAAGGAGGUCAGGUGUACGGAGAGAAACACUCCAAGUCUCCAGCUCUGUCCACCUGGGGAGACCCGGUGCUGCUGAAAACCGAGGUGCAGCUCACAGCCUCUGAAGAAGCAGAGUGCCACUGGGCCGACACGGAGCUGAACAGACGGAGGAAACUCUUCUGCAGCAAAGUGGAAGGAUACGGCAGUAUCUGCAGCUGCAAGGACCCGGCACCCAUCGAGUUCAACCCCGACCCCCUGCCCAGUAAUAAUGUCCUCAACGUCCCUGUUGCCGUCAUCGCAGGGAACAGACCCAACUAUCUCUACCGGAUGCUGAGGUCACUUCUUUCAGCACAUGGCGUCAACCCGCAGAUGAUCACAGUGUUCAUCGAUGGAUAUUAUGAGGAGCCCAUGGAUGUCGUGGAGCUGUUUGGACUGAAGGGAGUUCAGCACACACCCAUCAGCAUCAAGAACGCCCGAGUGUCCCAGCACUACAAGGCCAGUCUGACUGCAACCUUCAACCUUCACCCAGAUGCCAACUUUGCCAUCGUCCUAGAGGAAGAUCUGGACAUCUCCAUCGACUUCUUCAGUUUUCUGAGUCAGACGAUCCACCUGCUGGACGAAGACGACAGUCUGUACUGCAUCUCAGCCUGGAACGACCAGGGCUAUGAGCACACAGCGGAGGACCCUGCCCUCCUCUACAGAGUGGAGAGUAUGCCCGGUCUGGGCUGGGUGCUGAAAAAGAGCCUCUACAAGGACGAAUUGGAGCCAAAGUGGCCGACGCCUGAGAAGCUGUGGGACUGGGACAUGUGGAUGCGAAUGCCGGAGCAAAGGAAAGGCCGAGAGUGCAUCAUCCCUGACGUUUCCCGCUCCUACCACUUCGGCAUCAUCGGCCUCAACAUGAACGGCUAUUUCCAUGAGGUUUAUUUCAAGAAACACAAGUUCAACACUGUUCCCAACGUGCAGCUGAAGAACGUGGACAGCUUAAAGAAAGAUGCUUAUGAAGUGGAAAUCCAAAACCUGCUGAAGGAGGCGGAGGUGCUGGACCACACUAAGAACCCGUGUGAGGACUCGUUCCUGCCGGACUCUGAGGGGAAGACCUACGUCAUGUUCAUUAAGAUGGAGACGGAGACAGACACAUCCACCUGGACCGAGCUCGCCAAGUGCCUCCAUGUUUGGGACCUGGAUGUGCGAGGAUACCACAGAGGUCUGUGGCGGCUCUUCAGAAAACGGAAUCACGUCCUGGUGGUGGCCGUGCCAGUUUCCCCGUACUCCGUGAAGAAACCAGCCAGCGUCACUCCGAUUCACUUGGAGCCUCCGCCCAAAGAAGAGGGAGCACCGGUGGAGCAGAUGUAGACCUGAUGUUACACACACACACACACACACACACACACACACACACACUUCAACCAGCCCAGGCCUUAACAAUACUUCUUCUCCUCCUCCAACAACAACAACCACUAAUAAUCCAGCCUGGGACCCACAACUACAAAAACUGACUUUUCCUAGAACUUGUGUGCAGGAAGAUAGUUUGUUGUUUUUUUUUUAAUGAAAGAGGGAUUAACACUACACUGAACUACUGAAUCCGUCCCAGGACCUGAGGAGGAACAGUGAUUCUAAAAAAAAAAAACAGUUUUGGUUAGAAGUUGACUUUUGAAACAACCAAAACAGUUUGUAAGUUUGCCGUGCGACGACUGAAAACUGUCCUUUUUUUUUUCUGUUUCCGUGACAACUGUGGGAUGAUCCGCGGUCUGCUUUCUUCCCUUCAACAGAAGAGAUAAAAAACUUAAAAUCAAACUGAAACUUCUCAGCAGGAACGGUACAGUUGACACAAACACACUCACUACACUUUAGUUUUUCUUACUUUGUUGUGUUUUUAACUACUGAGUGCUUUGUCCAUCUUGUACAUACAAGUUAUAACUUAUCUCUAUUUAUUUUACAUCUUAUCAAUCAAAAAAGGAGUUUAGUGACUUGUUUGCUUUUUUUUUUUUUAAAUCCACUUUUAUCAAGAUCAAUGCAUUUUUUUAAGAGCCUAACCUUUACAGAUAAUGAAAUAAUAAUAAUGUAUAUACAUGCCUAUAUAUAUUUUUUGAUGAAAAAAAAACUUUAAAGGGGUCCGCGUAUUUUUCAGCGUUAGAUAUUGAGUUUGAGUGAGAGAGUUGAUAAACAGCCCUGUGGGUUUUUAGUAUUAUUGAGCGCUCGGAUCAGGUUUUAUGAGGGAAACUAUUCAGACUGAACAACGUACACUACAAUAACACAGCAAAUACAGAAGCACUGUUAUAAAUGAACUUCUAUUAAUUUAAUGGUACUGACAUAUAUUCAUUACAUGUAAAAGGUAAAAGAAAGUCAAGAUUAGCUACCAAACAGCCCAUAAAAAUCACCACAUUUGACCUGAUGAUGUCCAUUUAAUGGCAUUUAUCCAUUAAAUGUUUAUUUAUGGGAAUGUGAUGCAGAACCUAGAACCAAAGUCUUACAGCUUCUCAAAUGUUCAGGUUGUGGGAAGCGACAGGUUACUGGUUUUUAAAGGACAAGUUCACAGUUUUUCAAGUCUCACUCAAAACAAUAGUCAGGUUAAAGGUUAAAGGAUGCC